UCAAUCCCUCUAAUUGCACUUCAAUUCAAGGAACCAUUUCAAAGAGGGUUCUUUCCGGGCGAUAAUACAAUUGCUUACCCCAUGAAACCCAAUACUAUAUCGAUGUCUUUGGCCGCAUUUAUUGGUUUAUCUGCGCCUCUUCUGCCUAUGUUUAUAUUAGAAAUAUAUCUGGCCUAUCGGGACAGUUUUCCACGAGAUACAGACACGAAAGUUCCUUUGAUAUUCUUCCAACUGUACAAAUAUAUCGGAUGUGUAGCCUUCUCAUUCCUUUCCCUCAUGCUGAUAGUCAAUGUUGGGAAGGAGACAUUUGGGAGCUUGCGGCCCUUCUUUCUUGAAGCUUGCAUUCCGGCUAACAAUGUCGGUCCGAAUUAUCAGACGGUUAUCAACUGUACAUCGGAUGAUGCAAGAAUUAUUGAAGAAGCUAGGGUUUCGUUUCCUUCCGGUCAUUCCGCUUGCAUGGCUUGGUCAGCUGCUAUGACCAUUUUUUAUUUACAGAUCCGUUUCCCCAAAAGCCAAUUUAUGAUGCUCAAAUCACUAUAUGAAUGUGCGGUUGCCAUCAUUGCAUACUAUGUCUGUUUGACCCGCAUCCAAGACAACUGGCAUCGAAGCGUUGAUGUAAUCACAGGAGCUCUCCUUGGAAUUUUAUCUGCUACCAUGAUCUUCUUAAUCCCGUCGGUUCAAUGGGAUAGGUAA